UGGAGGAAUCCUGAUUCCCAUUACCUCGACCAAUACAAUAAUAAGCAGUUGACACGAGGCCUUUAUUUCAAUUUCUUCUGGAGCCUCAAGUGCGUAUCUACGAAAGCGAAAGGAAAGCCCUUCCCGUCCGUUCCGCUGCUUGGCUCAGCUUUUCCAUUUCUAUAUUUCCAUUUUGCCAGUUCACAUCACUGAUCAAGAUCGCCAUUGCUGAACUCAUCGAUCUUCUCCUUUUCUGUUGCUUUUGAUUAAAAAUGGCUUCUUCCACUCUUACAUCUCCUUCGAAGAAACCCUUCACUGCUUCUUUCGAUGAAAUCCAUCUCUAGUUAUUCUUCCAUCGCUGCUCCCAAAUUUCGCUGCUUCGAUCCUUCUAAUUCUCAUUAUUCUACUUCCAAUUUUAAUAACCAUUACGCAAACUCUUUUUCUUCUCUUAUAAAUUCCAAUUCAAACUCCAACACUACCGCUUCAGGAGGCUCCAUGGGUUUCUCGAGCAACUCAGAACAGAAGAUGGUCACCGCCGAUGGCGGAUAUGUUCUCGAAGAUGUUCCUCACUUGUGUGAUUACAUCCCCGAUCUCCCUACCUAUCCCAAUCCAUUGCAAGACAAUCCUGCAUACUCGGUUGUGAAGCAAUACUUUGUCAACGUGGAUGAUACUGUUACCCAGAAGGUUGUCGUACACAAGGAUAGUCCAAAAGGAACACAUUUUCGACGUGCUGGACCACGUCAAAAGGUGUAUUUUGAGUCCGAUGAAGUGCAUGCCUGUAUAGUAACAUGUGGUGGUCUUUGCCCUGGGCUUAAUACAGUGAUUAGGGAAAUAGUUUGUGGGCUUUACCACAUGUAUGGUGUCAACAAAGUACUUGGGAUAGAGGGAGGAUACAGUGGCUUCUACUCUCGAAAUACUGUUCCUUUAACACCGAAGGUUGUCAAUGACAUUCAUAAACGUGGUGGCACUAUCCUUGGAACAUCACGAGGAGGCCAUGAUACCUCAAAGAUUGUGGACAGCAUUCAGGACCGUGGCAUUAAUCAGGUGUAUAUCAUUGGAGGAGAUGGGACUCAAAAGGGGGCGUCUGUUAUUUUUGAGGAAAUUAAAAAGCGUGGUCUCAAAGUUGCAGUUGCUGGAAUCCCGAAAACAAUUGAUAAUGACAUAGCGGUUAUUGACAAGUCAUUUGGUUUUGACACUGCGGUUGAAGAAGCUCAGCGUGCCAUUAAUGCGGCACAUGUUGAAGCUGAAAGUAUUGAGAAUGGUGUAGGCGUUGUGAAGUUGAUGGGUCGCUAUAGUGGGUUCAUUGCAAUGUAUGCGACUCUUGCCAGCCGAGAUGUAGACUGUUGCUUGAUUCCAGAAUCACCAUUUUAUCUUGAAGGACCGGGUGGGCUUUUUGAAUUUAUGGAGAAGCGACUUAAAGAACAUGGGCACAUGGUUAUCGUGAUAGCUGAAGGGGCUGGACAAAAUCUUGUUUCUGAAACCAUAAAGUCCUUGGGUCAGCAGGAUGCUUCAGGAAACAAGUUACUCCAAGAUGUUGGUCUGUGGAUAUCCCAGAAUAUCAAGGAUCAUUUCAAAAAAAGACAAAAAAUGCCCAUCAAUCUCAAAUAUAUAGAUCCUACAUAUAUGAUCCGUGCCAUUCCAAGCAAUGCAUCCGACAAUGUCUACUGCACACUGCUUGCUCAUAGUGCCAUUCAUGGUGCAAUGGCUGGUUACACAGGCUUCACAGUUGGGCCUGUCAAUGGCAGACAUGCUUACAUUCCCUUCCAUCGUGUGACGGAGACACAGAACAUGGUUUGUAUAACUGACAGGAUGUGGGCAAGAUUGUUGUCAUCAACGAACCAGCCCAGCUUCUUGAGUGCAAAAGAUAUUGGGGAAGCUAUGAAAGAGGAAGAAGAACCACAAACACAACUCUUGGAAGGUGGAAACCAUGCGUGAGGAUGGCAAAUUGGAGAGCAAAGAGAACCAUCUAUAGGGGCUGUGUCCAUUUUUGGGGGGCUAUUUUGUUUUUCUCCAGGAAGCAGUUGAAUGUGAAUUCAUCUAUAAUGCUCCCGCUGACUAUUGGACGGAUUGUGAGUUUUUAUUUUUUUAUUAUUUUUAUCUUAUGGAACUGUUUUAUUAAUCUUGCCUUGUAACAUCAAGAGAUCCUUUGUGCUUGGCUGCACAGUUUUUAUUUAUCAAGUUAUGCCGUUUUUUUCCCCUUG